AUUAAAGACUGAUGAAUAGAAACAGAGGAGAGUGGGGUGAGAGCGUGCUCUGGUCAGAUUAGAGUGUAAAGACCAGGAGACACAACAAGCCAGCUGUCUGUUAUUAACACUGAGCAGAUGAGCAGGAGAUCAUGUGUGUUGGUGUUUCUGUAGUAUGAACAAGUGGGACAAACUUUCAGCCUGAUACAUGAUUCAGACCAACACAUCAGUAGCUACAUAUUAGAGGUUUAUGUGGUCUAUGUGUUGUUGUUUUUUUUUUAAAUUCCAAUCCCUGCUACUGUAGACAAUCUUGACCAAUCCCAUCUGCUUCAGCAGAGAGUUUGAGCAGUCCCACCCACUCCUGCAGAAAGUUUGAUCAAUCCCCUGCUCCCACAGUAAUUAUUGUUUGCACCUACUCAUAAUAAUUUUCUCACAAACUUUGGUAGAUCUAUUUGUCAAAACUCUCUUAAUGUGUUUUAUAAAUCCAGUAUGACCAAUGAUCAUGUAUGCUUACUUUAUAGCCUGUAUGCCAUGAUGGUUGGAUCUGUUUGAGCUACAUUUGUCUACAUUUUUUAGAGGAUGACCAAAAAAAUUAUAGCAUUUCCAUUUUGCUAAUGUAACCUUGGCAGGGCUGGGUUUGGCCGUGGUGUAUUUAGUUACCUUUUGAAGAGCAGCCUAUCAGAGAAAGAGUGGGUGGGAGAGAGAAACAGGGAUAGACAGACAGGCAGUUACAUGUCUCAGCUCAGCUAUGCGGGCAACUUUGUGGCCAGAGCCUCACGUGACCUGCUCCUAACUCCGGUGCUGCAGGAUUGAGUUCCCAGAGCGACUGCCCCGUCUGCUCUUCUGCUCACCGGUGAGUUUCUCCAGCAUCGUCUCAAACUACGGAUUCAUCCAUCUGCCUAGAGGAUGAGGGAAUAAACAUGGAUACACUCAACUGGACAUCCAACGUCGCACAAACAAAUGGCCAAUCAAACACCAGCACCGGCCGCUUUUCCAGCUGGGUCACUUUUGAUGAUGAUGUGGAGGAGCAAGCCUACCAGCAUGCCCCCAAACCAUCCAACAUUAGGAUAGGCAACUUGAACAAUUUUCAUUUACAGGACACCAACAGCAACUUGAUUGUGUCCUCCACCCAAAGCCAGAGUACAGACAGACACAUUCUGGAUUUAACCCCAGAUAGAACGGAUUCUGUGUUCGUCUUCGAAAGCCCACUGUUAAACAGCAGCACUCCUUACACCAAGAAGAAUCCCUUUCUGCAUGAGGAUUUUUCAAACAUCCAGCCCUCUCCCAUUAACCCUUUCAGUGCCUAUUUUAAUAAGACUGCAUUGACGUCAUCUGACAGCCACGAAACCCAGGAGACGACACCUGCGUUUUUGUUUGAUUCCCCUGUCCCUAAUCCUGACACCCAAAGGGACUCCUUCCUUUUCUUUUCCACUGCAGGGAGUUUAGAUAGUGGGAGCGGGACUGGUACUUACCCCACAGGUCUCCUUGGAGAUGGCCUUGAGCAGUUCAAAAACAUGCAGAUCUCUGAUACUGACCAAGAACCUUCUCUACCAGAUGACUCUGUGGAUGCAGGGGAUGAGGAGGAGAUUCCAUAUGAACCGGCUCACAUGGCUCCUCAAGAUGGCUGGCCCAUGCUCCUGCGCAUUCCCGAGAAGAAGAACAUCAUGUCCUCCCGACACUGGGGGCCGAUCUUUGUAAGACUUACUGAUGCUGGUCAGCUGAGGCUCUACUAUGAGAGAGGCUUGGAGAAACACUUUAAAGAGUUCCAGCUUAGUGCCCAGCUCGAGAUCUCCGAACACAAAAUGCAACACUAUGAAGAGAACAGCCGUGUCCAUACUCUCAGCUUGGACCAGGUGGUAUACAAGGAAAAGCGCAAGAUCCAGCCAAAAGUCACCGUGGUUCACAUACCUGUGAAGGAGCAACUGGUAAAGCUUGGGACCAUGGACUACCAGGAUUUUCUAAGCUUCAGAUAUGCUUUGCAGGAAAAGCUGGUGGUGUUGUCAGCAGAUGUGGAUGCCAUCAACUCACCUGUGCCUUACUCCGAAGAGGAGAUUCAGGUUGAAGUUGUAGAUAGCUUUUAUGGGGUUCUGUCCAAAGGAGACAACCGUAUUUUACAACAGCUGGUAAUGACGCGGAUUUCCGUGCUUGCCUUUUUAAUGGGCUCACCCCCCUGUCGCAUAGGCCUCAACGAUGUCCAAGUGAAAGGUAAAGAAGUGGUGUCCCGGCAUGACAUCAUCCCCAACACUACCACACGCUGGAUCCAUCUGCGUGAUUGUCGACUGCACGAGUGCGCAGACGAAUCAGAGUUUACAGAGUCCAGGACCAUCUCGUUUGAGCCCCCGUCUGGACGAAGAUUUGAGCUUCUGCGUUUCCAGACAGCUUACGCAGAGAAGACUCUGCCCUUCACCCUGAGAACGGUCGUCAGCGUUCGAGGUGCAGAGGUGGUGCUACAGUCCUGGCUAGUGAUGUCAACAGGCUUCUCAUCCAAUAGAGACCCUCUAACGCUGAUACCGUGUGAAAACGUGGCUAUCCGUUACCCCAUUCCUGAUACAUGGGCAAAGAACUUCCGCAGGGAGAGUGUGACAGGAGAAAAAUCCUUGAAAGCACGCUUUAAUAAAGGAGCCAGCUUUGGUUCCACUAGCACCUCAGGGUCAGAACCAGCUAUGCGGGUUACUCUGGGCACUGCAAAGUACGAACAAGCCUUCAGAGCCGUGGUGUGGAGAAUCAGCCGCCUACCAGACAAAAACUCAGCGUUGGGUCACCCUCACACCUUCUUCUGCCGUUUGGAGCUGGGAUCUGACUGGGAGGUGCCACACAAGUUCCAGAGCAAGUUGGAGGUGGAGUUCGACAUGCCUGCUGCUUCAGCCUCGAAGACCACCAUCCGCUCUCUGUCUGUCCGAGACAGGGCCGAGCUGAAGAAGUGGAUCACUUACAAAGCACACUACUCCUACGAGGUGGAGAUAGAGCAGAAGAACGAGGGAACGAUGGAGAACCAGGAGCAGGAGGAGACAGGGCGGUGCGCUCAGCAGUGAUAAGGGAACUGUCCUCUUUCACCUUCACCUGGGUUAAAAGUUGCACUUUGAAUGAUGGGAAACACUGAACAAUGAUGUUAAAAUAAAAAGGACAGCAUGGGAUUUUUGUACAUAUUUGUUAUAAUGACUUUAUGAAAACUUUUGGAAUGAACCACAAGUGAAACUGGGAAGAAGAGUUGUACAUGUUACAACAACAACAGGUUAGUCAGCUCAGCUUCAAGCCUUAGUUUCAGGAUACACUAAUAUUCAGGACAACUGAGUCUAUGUUCAGAUCUUUCUUAAAGCAAAAAUAUAAAGCCUACACAAUUUACAGUACUGUACAAAAAUCUUGGCACCCUACCUAUAUAUAGUUUUUCCCCCCCCACUAAUUAAAUUUGUAUUUAAAACAAUGUUACCUGUAAAAGAUCAUGAUCAACCAUCGAUGCUCAAUCAAACAGUGACAGAACUACUGUAGCCAGGAAGCCUGGACCAACCUUCUAGCAGAUUUCCUUAGAAAACUACACAAAAGUGUAUCUAAGAGAACUGUUACAGUUUUAAACUCAAAUUAAGAUUUACUGUUAGAAUAAUUAAUAUAUUAAACACUUACAAAAGGCACCAUCAUUACCGUAAGGGUUCCUUAACUAACAUUAUUUACCUCAUUAGGUGAGAAAUAAAACAUUCAGUGUCAUUCUGUUAUAGGAUAAUCAAUGAGAGAGGGUAUGAUGAAACAGUAAUAAAAAAAUCAACUUCAGGUGGUAACAGUAACUAUUAUUAUUAUUAAUCAUUCCUUCACCAGCCUCUUUCUCUCUUUUGAACUUCAGACCAAAAAAAAAAAAAAUGCAGCUCGUCACAUUUUCGAGAAACUACAAAGCGUAAUCUCUGUCCUGAAGAUGUUGGAAAACAAAAGCUGUACCUCUGACUGUUACAAAUUGCUGGCACUGGAGACUCCUUCCAGUAAAUGUCAUCAUAACGAUUAAACGCAUCUUUUUAAAUCCGUUUAUGUGGCGCGUCCUCUGUACAAAUCCCCGUCAAUGAGCUGUUACUAUAGAAACACUAAUGUUUCAGAUUGCAGAAUUCAACGGCACUGUAGUAUAAAUUUCAGCAUUAAUAAACUGCGACUAACAAACACAUGCAUUAAUUGAUGUUGGAUGUGUCAAAUAAAUCCACUUAAAGAAGCUUAAAUUAAAUUAUAGCAUGAUUCUAAACGUGUUCCAAGUAGGGCUGGGCGAUAUGACAAAAAUAUCAUAUCACCAUUCUCAAAAGCACUUCUACGAUAUACGAUAUGUAUCACUAUAUAUAGGUUUGCCCACAAAUUACCAGCAAUAUUGCAUUAAAAAACUUAGUGUUAUACAUUUGAAAAAGAGGAGAAAAAAAAAAAAUCUCCUCUUAAUCUGUAAUAAUUUUUAACAUUUUACACUUUAGUUUUAAAGAGUACAGAAUUUUACAGUUUUUUUUUUAACAAUUAAAUUUAGCAGCUGCUUCCGGUCAGUUUGUAUUUAUUUUUUAAAAAAAUUAAUAAAAACGGUAUAAUGAUGUACACAUUAUAUCGUCAUAUCGCCCAGCCCUGUACGCGAGUGCUCUGACCCGUCACAUCUGCUUGCAAUCGGUUUGUAAUUGUUUAGGGAAAAAUUGUUAAAUUUAAUACAAAUAUAUCACAGUAUCCACAAUAUUACAGAAAUAUAUAGUGAUAAAUUAUAUCACAGUUUCGAUAUUAUUUCAUCAAGGAACUUUCAUGUAAAGUAUUACUGAAUUUCUUUACGUGCACCUCAGAUGUUUGUACAGUACUGUUUGAAUUACAGAAAAAAAGCACACUAUGUUUGAGCUUCACUUUGUGGUGUGAAGAUUUAACUAAUUUAACUAAUUUAACUAAUCCCAGUACUUACCAGUACAAGCGUUAAUGGCGUUGACAAAGCUGAUAGUUGCAUCCAAGAUUGGCUCGUGGCUUUUAAUACAAGAUUCUUUAACAUUCAGCAGUGAAAUGGUUUGGUCUUGAGAAGCAGCGAGGAAAUGGAGGAACUCAGUCUGAGGACUUGAUCUGAAGAGAGAUGCAAUCUGCACAAAAAAGGGAAAAAAAUUCUGGUUAAACUUGAAUUCCAUCCCACAUUGAUGUCAUUAUGUGAUAUCACUAUUAAUGAUGUUUUUAGUUUUCAGUCUAUCUUUGAGAUUUACACAAGUUGCCAUGAAUUAUAAUUUCUUUAAAUCUAGAAAACAAGUGAAGAUCAGUGUAAAGCACACUUCUUUUCAGGGUUGGGGAAACAGCCUGGAAAAAUACAUGAACAUUCUGUUAUUGGAGUAAGACCCAAAAUACUUCUCUUUAUACAUUCCUUUAUCUUCUCACACACACACACACACACACACACACACACACACACACACACACACACACACACACACACACACACACACACACACACACACACACCACAUUUCAUGACCUUUGAAAAUAAAUGUGCCCAGAAAUACAAAAUCUCAGAAAAGAAUCCUGAAAAGAUCUGGAUUGUGGAUGUUCCACAACAUUAAAUGUAAUUAUAAAUGGAUAAAAUAAAUAGAAAAAAAAAAAUCGAAAUUGCUGAAAGUGAAGGAAUGAAACACUUGGGGACGUGCUGUUAUGGGAAAAUAAUCAACUUCCUGGUGGUAACAGUGACUCCACUUCAACACCGUGGUUGAUUAUUUUCUUAUAACAGCAUGACACACAAUGUUUUAUUUCAUAAUUAUAAAUAAUAAAAAUUAAUGGAGGAUCAUCCAGGAUUCUUCUCACUUCUCUCUUUUAUAUUAAACACAGAAGCAUAAAGCUAACAGAAAUCCUCCAAUUUAAUGAGUUAAUGAUGAAAUAUUUUUUAUCCUGCAACAAGACGACCAGCCACAACGCAAUGCACAGAAUCUUUAACAUCUUAACAUUUUUAUUUUGUGAUAAUUAAGGAGCAUUUGUAAAAAGCUAACACACUGAAUGCUUCCUCAUAUCACCAUACAAGUGUGUAAACCUUUUUGAAACUCAGAUGUAACCUGUGUAGAGAUUGGUACAAUAACCCAGAAGUCAGGCUGAUUAGCCAAGGCUUAAGCUCACUUCUAAAAACUCUGUUUACAUGGACAUCAUUAAUACAACCAAUAUAUUUUCCUGAUCGUUUAUUUUUACCACAACAUUGAAAAGUGCUCUUUUAUAAAUUGGGAAAUUCAGGCUGAACUGAUUGUGUCUUAUUCUUGCUGCGGUGCCACUUUGCUGCGAUUCAUUUUGCCUUUUGUUCUUUCCCAUGUCUUAAUGUACAUGUUGAUAUUGGGGGAAAAGAUCUACUGUAUUGUUAUAUUUAUGUUAAUAUCAUGUAACUGAAUAAUGUAAUUUUUGUUUACUAACAACUAACAUGUUCAAAAUCUCUGGGACUAUUGCACUAUUAGACUUUCUUUAGUUUUUUUUUUUUUUAUUAUUAUUUUUAGGGUACAGUGUUUGCAGUGACCAGCAUGUGAGGUUUUUUUUUUUUUUUUUUUUUCCCCCAACUGGUAAUUUUUAGUAACUUUUGGUCCACAUUUCAGACUCUUAUUUGGUUAUUUUUCUUUCAGUGCUUUUGACUUUUGAAGUUUUUUCUGGUAGGUUUUUGGUCCCAAUUGGUCAACAUUUUUAACUGAAGUUUGUAACAAAAUUCUUUGUUAUUGCAGAGGAGGUAAAAUAAAAAAAAAAAUGAAAA